UCGAGAUAAAACCGUUACGUGUGCGUGAUGGUGAUUUCACUAUCUUAUCAAAAAUGAAUAAAUUAAUUUUAAUAGGAAAUUAAACAUUCCAAACUUCGAGUAAUGUAAAAUCAAAGUCUGAAUAAAUGUGAUACAGUGUUCAUUGAAUAAAUGAAAACAUAUUGAAUUAAUUUUAAUUGUUACUUUUAUGUUUUUUGCCGCCAGUGUUUUAUUUUUCUAUAUCAACUUUCAACAAUGUACAAACAACACUUGUUGAUUAACAAUUUAGUUAGAAAGAACCUAACCUCAAAAAGGUUUGAAAUCAUUAACAUUACGAGAAAUAAACAUACCCGGAUUGACAAGAUUCUAAUAGCAAAUCGAGGCGAAAUAGCAUGCCGCAUAACGAGAACUGCAAGGAGACUUGGUGUGAAAACAGUUGGAGUAUUCAGUGAAGUGGAUAGAGAUGCAAUGCACGUUAAUUUGACGGACGAAGCAUAUUGCAUUGGACCUGCUCCUUCAAAUCAAAGUUACCUGAGACAAGACAAAAUAAUUUCAAUAGCUAAACAAUCAAAAUGCCAAGCAAUUCAUCCUGGUUAUGGAUUUUUGUCCGAAAACGUCGAAUUCGCCGAGCUUUGUCAGAAAUCGAAUAUUAUUUUCAUUGGUCCUCCAGCGCAAGCAAUACGCGAUAUGGGCAUUAAAAGUACUUCAAAAGCAAUUAUGUCGGAAGCCGGUGUUCCUAUUAUUGAAGGAUAUCACGGAGAGGAUCAAUCUGACGAAACUUUGUUAGCGAAGGCAAAAGUGAUAGGAUUUCCAUUAAUGAUCAAAGCAGUGAGGGGUGGCGGUGGAAAAGGAAUGAGAAUUGCCUUGAAAGAAUCAGAAUUUCAUCAAGCUCUUGAGUCAGCGCGUACGGAAUCUCAGAAAGCUUUUGGCGAUUCUGCUGUUCUUUUGGAGAAAUAUGUCGCUGAACCACGACACGUCGAGGUACAAGUUUUCGCCGAUCACUACGGAAAUGCUGUUCAUUUAUUCGAGAGAGAUUGUUCUGUUCAAAGAAGACAUCAAAAGAUCAUCGAGGAGGCACCGGCUCCGGGCAUAUCGGAGGAGCUUCGCCUGGAACUCGGCUCAGCGGCCGUUCGAGCUGCAAAGGCUGUUGGUUACGUUGGCGCUGGAACCGUGGAAUUUAUUUUGGAUCGUCGAACGCAUAACUUUCAUUUUAUGGAAAUGAACACACGUCUGCAGGUGGAACAUCCGAUAACAGAGGCAAUUACGGGAACUGACCUUGUCGAAUGGCAAUUGAAGGUGGCAGCUGGAGAAAAAUUGCCCAUGCAACAGGAGGACAUUCAAUUGCGAGGUCAUGCUUUCGAGGCUAGAAUUUACGCCGAGGAGCCAAGGAAUAACUUUUUGCCAGGUGCAGGAAAAUUAUCGUAUUUGGUCACUCCAUCUGUCGCCGAUAAUGUUCGAGUUGAAACUGGAGUUAGGCAAAAUGAUCAAGUCUCCGUGCAUUAUGAUCCAAUGAUCGCGAAAUUAGUCGUUUGGGGUCAGGAUCGAACAUCGGCUCUUAGAAUCUUGCAUUCUAAACUUUCUGAAUAUAAUAUUGCCGGCUUGGAGACAAAUGUGGAAUUCCUAAAGGAUCUUUGUAGCAAUGAAAAAUUUCAAAAUGGAGACGUACACACUGGUUUUAUUGAGGAGAAUUACGAAUUACUAUUUCCAAAAUUACAAGUACCGAGCGAUGUAUUGGCACAAGGAACUCUUGGAUUAAUACUAAACGAAGAAUUAGAAGCAAUGAAAAAGUCGAUAGAAACUGACGAUCCAUUUAGUCCAUUCGCUACUGAAACUGGAGUUCGAGUGAAUCAUGCAUUAAUGAGAAAUUUCCAGUUUCUUGUUGGGGAGGAAAAAUUUGUCACUGAUGUUCAAUAUGUCGAGCCAGACGUUUUUAUGAUGAGGAUCAAUAAUUUGGGACCAUGGCGAAAAGUCACUGGUACAAUGACAAUUGAUGGUAAAACAAUGAAACUUAACACUGAAAUUGAUGGCGUUAUUCAACAAGUAAAUAUUGCAAAACUUGACGAUCAACUAGUUGUAUUUAGCAAGGACCGUUCUUGGAAAUUAAAUGCAGUGGCACCAAAUUAUAUUUCCAAGCUUGGAAAUAACUCGGCCGUUGCCUUAGGAGCUGCAGUGAGUCCCAUUCCCGGGAUUGUUGACAAAAUUUUAAUAAAAGACGGCGACAAUGUCAACAAAGGUGAUCCUCUUUUAGUGAUUGUUGCCAUGAAAAUGGAAUACAUCAUCAAAGCAUCUUCCGAUGGGGAAAUUGAUAGGAUUUUGUGCAAAAUUGGCGAUAAUGUCGCUAAAGACAAACUCCUUGUUAAAAUGAAAAAUGUGACUGCCAAUGACUAAAAUUUACCAGUGAUUAAAUUUUAAAAAAAGUUUUAUUUUAAACUUUAAAGAAAAAACUCUAGGAGUGAUUAUAGACUCUCUAGUGAUUGUUAUAGAUUAAAUUUUAAUUUUUAUAAUGAUUUCUAUAUAAUGUUGAAAGGUGUAUUUUUUUAUAAUAUAUU